AUGUUAUCUGUACCAGAGCUGAGAAAAUCCUACAAUAGGAAUAAUGGAUUUUAUGGAAAGCUCCAGGGUUCCUUGAAGAGAAAAUUGGUGGUCAAUCUGACACCAGGAAAUAAUAAGAGAUCGAAUGGCAUUGCUGACAACACUUUCCUGGACAUUAAGAGAAUCCGAGGUGGGGAAAACAACCUUUCCAUGGGACGUGGUCAGUGUGGCAACAGUUGCCCAAACCCGUCAGUGUUGGGAUCAUUCUCCGUUGGCCAAGGUGCUCCAAGGAAAAUGGACAACUCAACCAGCAACAGUCAUGCUGGUGCAAACGGGAUGUUCAACAUGACUCUAAAAGAGGUCAAAAAGGAACCUGGGGAGACCAUCUCUUGUAGCAAACAUAUGGAUGGUCAGACGUCCCAGAACAGUGUUUAUCCUAACCAAUAUGGGGAAGACACAGGGGAACAGUUGAUGGACCCAGAACUUCAGGAGCUAUUCAACGAACUGAGUAAUAUUUCUGUGCCCCCCAUGAGCGACCUUGAGUUAGAGAACAUGAUAAAUGCCACCAUCAAGCAAGACGAGCCGUUCAACAUUGACAUCGGUCAGCAGAUCCAGAGAGGGCCUCCUGCCCCAUCAUCUUCCCUGCAGGUGGACAAAAUGGUGAUCAAGCAAGAGUAUUCACCGGGGUUGAGCCAAGCUUCAGUGGGAUCCCCUCAGAUGAGGCCUCCUUCUACAGACUCGGCUUACACCAUGCCUGGUGCUGCUAUGUCCACCUCGUCUCCCAUUCCUUCAGUACCUCAGACUCAGACGCCUCCUUCUCAAGGGACGUCGGUCCCCACUCGGCCGCUGGCCAACUGGCAGGAGGUUUCCCAUGCCCAACAGUUAAAACAAAUAGCAGCCAACAGGCAACAGCAUGCCCUGAUUCAGCAGUGCCAACAAAGUCAAUCCGCCACAUCCUGGCCUGGUUUGUCAUCUACGGAACCAUCUUCUGGAUCCUUUGUGCAGGAGAAGAUGUCUAGUCCGUCCUUUCACCAGCAGCAGCAACAGUUCAGCCCACAAAAUUCCGCAAUGUCCAGCAUCCCAGUCAAUGGGACUCCAUCCAAAGGCAUGAACAGUUACUCCUACCGGCCCAACUCCAUGCCCCAGGGAAGUUCCGUCAACAUGGCAAUGCCCCGAAAGCCUCAAGACAUCCCCAGAAAUUACGUCGGCAACAAUCAGGUGUCGCUGGAGGAAUCUCAGAACAGCAUCAAGCCUUUGUUUCAUUUCACCUCGGAGCAAGCCAACAAGCAGAUCUCUUCUGGCUUGGGAGCUCCAAAUAAACCUUCUCUUCUCCACUACGCACAGCAGCCUCCCCAACAGUUGUCUAACUCAGCGGUUCAGCCACAGACUUCGCAGCAGCAGCAGCAGCCGCAUUCUGGCCAACCUCAGCAUCUCCAAAGGCCCCCCAACGUACCCUUGGCUUUACAGCAAAAGAUCCUGCUCCAGAAAAUGCUGCAGAACCAACCCGGUGCAGCGCUGCAGUUCCUGGGCCCACAGAAUCAGAUGGGAAACAGAAGCUCGCGAAAGAAACACCAUGGCGAUCUGACCUGA